AAACAUGUUUAUGACAUGUGCAUGCUUCAUUUGACUCAUUUGUGCUUUCAUCUGAAAAAAACAAAACAAAAUCAUAAAUCAUAUUUGUUUGUUUUUUUCUCCACUCCACCUCAUCAUUUCUUACAGGUAUCCACCACAUCUUUCAAGACAAAUCUUUCUGAAUCUUCAAAACCAAAAAAUAUUGAUUCGGCUCAAUGUCAGGUCUCUACGAGCGAGAGCCCCUCGUUGGCAAAUGAGUUAGACACAUUUUCCAUUCAAAAAUUAGAAUUGCCAAUUCCAUUUAGCUUUGACCAGAGUACAGCACAGUCUGAAAUCACACUAACUCAUCAAAGCAGCUCCCAACAGGAAAAAGGUGAUGUGAUGUCUUUCCCCAAACAAUGUGAAAAUUCUGGCUUAGUUAAACCAAGUUCAUCAAACCCAGACUCAAUUUGUCAAAAUGCCAAGGAUAUUCCAGCUGGUAAAAUCAUCAUGUUCUCAGAAUCCACUCCAACAUCAUCUGGGUCUGGGUCCCCUCAUCUUGACCAGCUACUGACAGAUCUGGAGGAGAUGAAACUUAAGUUUAGCCCAGAGACACUUGGUCCACCAUCAGAGUCUUCUGAUGAAAGCCCUGAAGAUAAUCAAAGUAACAUGUAUGAAGACCUUUCACCUGAAGAGCAAUGUCCUUCACUUUCUGAUGACACUGACCACACAAAUCUAGGAGUCACAGAUACUUAUCAUUUCCAGACAUCAAUUCAAGAUGAACCUGAAUUGCUCCCUGUUGCUCUCGAUCUGACAAGUGAAUCAUCAAAUGAUGAGUCCCUUUCAAUCCCAGAGUUUCCCCAAAGACUUUGUGAAACAGUGCAACCUCUGAACUUCGGUUUACCUCAGAGUGAGAUAUUUUCUUUGCCCGAAAUAGCUGCAGGGUGUCAUUCUUACACAGCUGAAAACAAUCUCGCAAGUCAAUGUGAGAACAAGUCUUUAAUUGAUAUAAUUCAGAGAAAAGAAGAGCAUGAAUCAGCUACAGGAUCAAAUGUCUCAAUGGAUUUGACAGAAGAAACUUUAACUCAGAUUAUUCAAGAUCAAUUUCCACAUUCAGGAGUGGCAAAGUCCGUUGACACUGUUCAGACAGAAGAGUUUUCCUCUCAGUCUUUUUCUGAUUUCUCAACUGAGGCUGAUAAUUACCCUGGGCAUUGUAGCUUUGAGGAAGUGAUCCAAUACCCUACUCCACUAAAUGGACAGUAUGAACAGUGUUCAGAACAGUCCCCAGUAACCUUUGACUGUUUUGCCUCUGAGGCCACUUCUAUAAAAGAUGCAACUUUAUCAACCACUGAUGAGGAAGACAGCAUCCCUCCAGGAUAUGCAGAGGUUGUGCAAAGUGGUGCACACAGCCCUACCUUUGAAUUCUCAGACCCAGAACCAUUCUUUGACUGCGAACAAGCUGCGUCUGAUUUCUCAGAGACUGAGCCCGAUGAGCGUGAGUCAAGAACCUGGUCAGGUGGAGGGCUACCUUGUGUGAGUCAUUCGAGAGUUCUUGAAAAGGUAAAUCAAGGAGUACUGUUAUCCUCUGGAAGUGAAGAUUAUGAAGAUGCUCCUUUUGGCCAAGAGUCUCCUGAUAAUGUGCAUAAAGAGAGUGAAGAGUCACUGCACUCUUCAGAAGCCUCAGACGAAGAAUUUACCUUGUGUGAAGCUCCACAACUACCCCCUAUCUGUAAAACUGGGGCAAAUGUUGAAACUGAUAAUUCUCUGGCAAGGGUAAGAUGAAAUUUGGUAAACUAUUCUAACCUGCAAGCUUUCCCCAGCGCUGAGCUUAUUCAAAUAUAUUUGCUUCAGAAGGACACUACUGCUAACCCUCUUGCCCCAUGGACUGGAUCUAAAACUCCCUAUAACCCUUAUUUUGCUUUGAUUCCAGAUCGAACUAGUCCUAACUCCGCAUGCAACUUUGCUGCCUGUAACCAGCUGUAUCACUUACUGUAAAAGCAUUUGCGACAUGUUUAUCAUCAGCAAAAAGCAUAUUCUUUCUGCAAUUACCUAAAAGCAUGGUCUGUUGUACAAAUAUUUUUCCAAGCUACAGACUGCCAUGUUGUGCUUUCCAAUGCAAAUCACCAAUCACAUUGUAAAAUUCUCGUCAUCGGUGGAAAGUGCACCAUGUCACUCUGCUUACUGCCUACUUUGCUGAAAACAUAGCAUUCGUAUGUGAUUAUCAUUUCUUAAACAAUGAUGGAUUUGUGCUGCCUGGUCAGGAGAUCACCACAGAGCUCGGAUCAA